AUGCCCAUGUCCCAAUCUCAAGGUUCAACAUCAACCCCAUGUCUCCUCUAUCCAUGUUCCCAUCAUACUUUCCUAUACUGGAACUGCAAAGGAACCAAAGUCGGCGAUAAGUGUGGCUACCACCCCCAAUCCAAGAUAGCCAGCCAUCACCGUCUUCGAAACAAACUCUCACAACACAACAUGGUCUCGGUAUCUGAUCACUCAUUCCAUAUGCUAUCGCGACACAUGGGAAAUCAAAACGAAAACGACUUUCCACUUUUCCCCGAAGCAAAUAUGUAUUCUCCUCAAUAUCCAUACAAUGGCAUGCCAAACUUCCAGAUCGAACACGACGCUGCGUAUGCAUACCCGAGAACACAAGAUAUAUACCCUACCAGCACCGGAUUCGAUUCCACAACUAUGUAUAGCGAAGUUCCCCAACAUUUUGUUGAGUCACCAGAACUGAGAGGAACUGCGCCUUCAAAUUACUCCACCGCGAGUGGACCUUCCGCGACAUCCUCGACCAUUGGCUCUCCCAAUUCAAACCACGGGCACAUGGUUUCGGUAUCUGAGUGGGGUUCUGGACUUGGCAUCAAUCCAAGUAUCGUGAAUUACGAUAACUUUGGUCAAGGAACCGACUACAACUUCUCUGCAGGUAUGGAAGACUUUACUGUAGAUUUCAAUUCAGCCAAACCAGGCUUUGUUGACCCAUCCAUUUUACAUGCUCCUUUCUCCGCUACUCGCCCAACAUCAGCUGUUGGACAAUCUGAAUUGUCUCCUUACCAAGCACCAAUGUAUCCUACAUCUCCAUCACCAUCCCAACACUCCUCAAGAAGUCCUGGACCUGCCAAGGCCGAUAGCGCAAGCCCUUACUUGGGCUCUCAAUAUUAUCCAUACCCAGCACCAAUGAUCAGACGGCCAUCUUUGACAAUUUCUCACCAGUCAUAUGGUUCCCAAGAUGGCAACUUUAGUGGUGAAGAAUCAAAAGAGAAGGGUCGUUGCACCUGGCCAGAGUGUGGAAAGAUCUUCAAAGAUCUUAAAGCUCACAUGUUAACCCAUCAAAAUGAGCGCCCGGAAAAAUGUCCCAUACAGACAUGUGACUACCACGUCAAGGGCUUCGCUCGAAAAUACGAUAAAAACCGCCACACCUUGACCCAUUACAAAGGGACAAUGGUAUGUGGUUUCUGCCCAGGUUCCGGAUCUGCGGCAGAAAAAUCUUUCAACCGUGCUGAUGUUUUCAAGAGACAUCUCACUUCAGUACAUGCCGUAGAACAAACUCCACCAAAUAGCCGUAAGAAGACUUCCGCAAGCAUCAACAGUGGAAAGAAGCUCUCCGGAUAUGCACCAGAUGCUACUGGAAAGUGCUCGACCUGUUCGGCUACUUUCAGCAAUGCUCAAGACUUCUAUGAGCAUCUCGAUGAUUGUGUUCUUCGCAUCGUUCAACAAGAGGAACCUUCCGAGGCAAUCAACGCUCGUCGUCUUGCAGAGGUCGAACAAGAUCACGAUGUUCAUGAAACUCUCCGCAACAACGCCCUUCCAGUCACUACCAACGUUUACUCAACAGCCGAAGAUGAUGAUGAGGAGGAAGUUGACGAUGAAAACGACGACGACUACUCCAUCCGUGUCCGUACAUCCCGCAAAGGCCGUCAAAACCGCAACCCAGUCAACGGUGUCCAAAAGUCCAGAGGUAUGACUCACUCUAAAGGUGGCGUCACUCUAAAUACCAAAGGACGUAAGAAGCGCAAGGACUAUCCUUCAUCAUGGGGGUGUCCUACAUCUCAAAUGAAGAUGAAGAAGCGUGUUCUCACCGUCUUUGAUGGACCUCGUCGUCUCUGGAAAGACGAUAUGAUGCUCGAUACCGAUUACGAGGUACGCAUCAAGCUCGGCGAUGAAAAAGCUUACGUUACCGAUCUUGAUGUGCAAACUAUGAGAAGAGCGGAGGCCUUCCACAAUGCUACUGAAGAGGAAAAGGGACCUUGGAUCGCAGAUGAUUUGACGGGAAUGGAUUUGGAGAAGUUGAUGGAAGUUAAGAGAGAGAUGUAA